UUGCACAUAUAACAUACAUAUACACACAGGUCGAACGAGAGCCUUCGCAGAGUUUAGUUCAUACCUCAAAGCGCUGGGGGAGCACACUCGGCCAUAUUGGAUCACACUUGAAUUGGAUGUCUCUAUUACACAAGGGCUCAAGAGUAGCCAAGAAAUCCGCUCACGGUCCUCGGCCCAGGUUGCUGGACCAAGCAGUAGUAGCAGUAGCAGCAACAGCAGCACCAGUGGCUAGCUCCUACCUGCAGCCAUGGAGUACAACGUGUCCGUCUCGAAAAGGUUUCUCCUUGACACUCUCGACGAAGACGCGGACCCUCUCGAGAUUCUGAAUCGAGCCGAGAAGGAGAGAGAGGCCAGGCGCAAGGAAAAACUCAUCGAAAAGAACAAGCAGGAGAAGGAGUCCAAAACCACCCCUGCCGCGGCCCAGCAGCCUUCGAACAAGAAAGCUUCGCGCACCAACAAGGAGAACCUGCAGCAACAGGCUCAGCAGCAGCCGCCGGCACAGCAGCAGCAGCAGCAACCUCGCAACCAGGAUGCCAAGAAGGAUCAAGGCGACAAGAAGCCCGGCCAACAAAAGUUCGGCGGUGGUGAGCGCAAUGUAAAGUUUGCUUCCGAGAACCGAGAGGAUCAUACCAACAGGCGCAAUCGCGAGGAUGGUGAACGGCCACCCCGUGCUCAGAAUGACUUCAAGCGAGGACCACCUGGCGAGCAGCGUGAACAACGCGAUUACCCUUACCAAGGUUCACGAGAGUACCGCAAUUCCAACAUCAGUGGUACCGGUGGUAUGGAUGGUGAUCGCCGUCCGCGAGGUCCACCGCGAGAAGGUGGUGGUCGCGGUGGCGGAGAACGUGGGGGUGGGGGUGGAGAACGUGGCGGCUACCGCGGUGGACGCGGAGGAGGUUUCCGUGGUGGUCGCGGUGGUGGCUUUGAUAGUCGCGGCAAACGCGAGUACGACCGCCAAUCAGGCUCUGAUAAGACGCAACCAAGGUAUGGUUACAGCGGAGUCAAACCCAUUGAUAAGAAGGAUGGCGCUGGCAGCCACAACUGGGGAAAUCAUAAUGAUGAUAUUGAAGAUGCCAUGAAUCAAUCCGACGACUGGGGCACCCCCACGCUCGCAGUAGUGGAUGCUACUGUCGACAACAGCAUUGUCAAUGAAAACAAAGAGAACUCUGGGAGUCCUAAUGUGAGCGGCAUUGAAGCUCCGGCUGGCGAUGGCAUUGCCCCGGUAGCCGAAGAGAAACCUGCCGAGGAAGAGGCGCGCGAGCUAACCCUUGAUGAAUGGAAGGCUCUUCGCCAAACCAACCGCGUCAAGCCUACUUACAACCUGCGCAAGGCAGGUGAGGGCGAGGACCUGUCGCGCUGGAAGAAGAUGUACGCUCUUGAGCGUAAGAAGGAAGGAGCUGAUGACGAAGAUGAGGAGGAAGAGGAGUACGAUGCUGCUGAGUACCCGCAACGCGUUGGGCGCCAGAAACACGUGCUUGAUAUCGAGAUUAAUUUUAAUGAUUCGAGACGCAGUGGCGGUGGACGUGGUGGACGUGGCGGACGCGGAGGCAACCGCAUGAACGGACGUGGCUUUGGCGGACGCGGUGGUGGGCCACCUCGCGAAGGCCGCGAUAACCGUGAUAGCGGCGAAGGCGGCUUCCGCAACCAGGAGCAAAGAUCACCACGUGAACGCCAAAACGCUCCUAAGGUCGAUGAUGAGCAUGACUUCCCCUCGCUGGGAUAAACGAGUCUCAAGCGAUUACAUGACCACCUAAAAUAUCGACCACCGCUAAAUAAUAGAACAAAGAGAUGGAAUUAAAAAUAAAAAGAAGAAAUAUUUCAACCACGACCGCCACCUCAAUUCUUCAGUCACCUCUAACCUUGCUACAGUUGCUGCUACUGCUACUCCCGUUGCUGCUAUCGACGGUUUCGUCUUUCAAAACAUCAUGUUGUUGAAACAUUUAUUAUGCAAUAAGACACUAAUUCGUAUAACAUACUUGAAAGAAAAAAAAAUUAGGGAAAAAACUGCAGACACACACACACACACUCUUUGCUGUUUGCAAAUAAACUCGCAGUUAAAGUUAUUUAUGUAUCAAGUUAAGAAUAGGGAGAGGAAAUCGAAAACAAAUGUAACUCUUGGCUGCUUUUGGUUUUUUUUUUCUUAAACAAAGAGUUGUUUGUUUGUAUUAAAUAAUUAUUGUUUAAUUAUAAGCGAUGUAAACCAAAAAAGCAGUUUCAAGAGAGACACCGUGCGUCGUCCUCUUGUUUUAAUUUUUUUUCCUUGUCAACACGCGAUUCAUAAUAAUGAUCGAGACGGCCUAGAGGAGGCCCACAAUUUAACAUCGACGACUUAUCAUAAGCUGUGACCGAAAUACUUCGUGCGAUUUCAAUGAUUAAUAUACUUUUUCCUCUAGGUGAUAAAUUUUUAAAACUUUGUUUUAUAAUUUUUAUACAGCACGGUUAGCGCUCACGUGCUUGUGCGAUAAAAGAAUGAAAAGAUGAAAAAAAAACAAAAAAAAGAAAAAAAGAAAAAAAACCGACCGAAGUAAAGCGGAUAAAAGUUGAACGGAAGAGAGGUUUCGUGUAGACGUAGAUGUACUUUAGACUCUUGCCCUUCAACGUGUAAUUUAAAAAAUCUAGAAGUCUACAAAAAUGUACUCUUUCUUUUCACAAUGAUCGAGUCGUAUUGCGAGUAGGUUUGCGAUGUAUUUUUUUCUCUGACAGUAAAAACAAAAGAAAAAAUUUCGUGUUUGUGGACUAAUUCCUUCCCGUGCGUUUUUAGUCAGUGCGAUACGAGGUCUGGAUCUCGAAAUUAAGACAAAGAACACAUUAUACUACCGUUAAGAGAAUAAUGAAAAAUAAAAGAUGGAAGUGUAAUUUACAGAAUAAAGGAACAUAUGAUAACUAAACAUUUUAGGUAAGAAAAAAAAAGAAAGAAAGAAAAAAAUUGAAAAACAGUCAUCGAUUUACAAUACGUUAUACUUCUUACAUCGACCGUUUGUCAUAUACAUACUUCGAAAAGCUCUAUAUUAGUAACCCACGACGUUUGUUAUAUUAUUACUUUAAAGAGUAAAGAUAAAAAAAAAUCUAAAAAAACAUUUAAAAAAUGAGUUUAAACACUUUCAAUGCAAACCCUAAUCUCCUUCAUCGAGAUAGAUGAUGUUAUAUUGUAUUAAAAUAUAGGUAAAUGUGUAAAUAAAAAUAUUUACAAUCAA